UUUUUUUCUUGGUCAAUGUUUUGUGGAAGCCUGGCUMCCCUUGGCAUCCAUGAAUACACGCCACUGAAAUAGCAUAAUUUUCCCUUUUGCGUUAUGGCAUGGUUGAAAUAUGUCGCAUGUCCACAUGAUUUUUUGUCAUUCGGUGAGUUUUCAUAAUUGCACACGUGACUGAAACCGAUAUGCUUUUUCACGCGUCCCCCGCCACGCGUGAGAGAAUCGUUAGGCUUCUACUGUAGAGUCCAGGGAUUACGCGUCACAUAACUGCAGUAGACUACAGCCUCAUUCUCACCGGUACCAUUAUCACAUACCGCGCUGCUGAUCAUUUAAGCGGGAGAACAAGUGUCUGCGAAUUUUACCAUUUUUAUUUUAUGUAAGCUACCCGAGGGGAAUGAGUCCUCCGUUUGCGGUUCUUGCGGUGCUGGCCGCUUGCCUUUGCGGUGUGCCUCUGCUGGUGGUUUGUAGUGACCAUCUAAAUUACAGACCCAUCAUCGGUGUCCUGGCCCAGGAGAACAUAGUAGGAGACCCUCAUGCUCAGGGAUCCUCCUACAUCGCUGCUUCCUAUGUAAAGUACCUGGAGAGUGCUGGAGCCAGAGUUGUUCCCAUAAGAAUACACCAAACAGAUGAAGAAUACGAGAAGAUAUUUAACUCAAUAAACGGGUUGCUGCUACCAGGUGGGGACGUGGACCUGGAGACGUCCCAGUUCAGUCGACUGUCGAAGAUCUUCUAUGAUCUGGCUAUCAAGGCCAACGAUGCGUCUGAUCACUUCCCUAUUUGGGGUACGUGCCAAGGUCUCCAGCAAAUGACGGUACUGACCAGCAACAAGAACCUUCUGACUCUAACAGACACCAAGGCUGUGGCCCUGCCUCUCACAUUCACCCCAGCUUCACAGAACAGCCGUCUGUUCAAGGCCUUCCCCGGUAGCCUGCUACAGUCUCUGUCAGAGGACAACAUAACCUCCAACUUCCACAGCUGGAGUCUGUCGCUACAGAACUACAGCCGGAAUGCCAGACUGAAACGUUUCUACAAGGUUCUGACCACCAACACAGAUGGCAGGAGAGAGUUCAUUUCUACCAUGGAAGCAAACCACUAUCCGUUCUAUGCUGUCCAGUGGCACCCCAUGAAGAAUCAUCACAAGUUCUCUUCAGCCAGUGAGGAGGAGAGGGCUCUCAUCUACAACUAUUCUCCUGUAUUCACAGGUCUAGAUGGUAUAUUUGUGCAAAAUUAUUACUUUGAUUAGAUUUAACAAUUGAUUAUAGUCUCUUUAAAAACUGUAAAAUAAACUGCAUUUGAAUUUGAYCUAUGAUUAGCUGUAAAAAACUGUUUCGGAUCAGUGUUUAUUGCAGAUGUUGCUGUCGGAUGAUUCUAAAAAUGUUACUUUUCUUUUGUACUUAGUUUGGAGUCUUUGAUGUGUUUUUAAAAAUGUUGAAAUAUAUUGGAUGUUAAGAUAUUGUUUUAUUAAUGGGAAAAUAUGUACAUUCUUACUGCCAUUAUGACAACAUGACUGUAACGUCUGAAAACAGAACGAAACUGCCUGCACACGAAUGCAAAAAGUAUUCUAAAUMAAUCUGUUUGUAAUGCAUUGAUAGCACAUUUUAGUGCCAUCACAAUAGUGUUUUUAAUUGUUUACUCACCCAUGUGUCAAACUAAGGGACAAUAAAGUCUGCAAACAAAA